AUGGAGACGGGAUGUCAGUCGAGAACUUCCUCUACACCCCACACGAGCUAUCGACAUGAAGUGCUAGCCGCUGCGUCCGUCGUGGUCGUCGCCGGGGACGACGAUCACCCGUACUACUGCACCUCGGACGCCUACUGCGAAAAAAACUACCCGGGCACGGUCUGCAUCUCCGUCAACAACUACGGCGACGUCAUCUCGAAGUGCACCCCCAACACCUCCAAGCGUCCAGCCUGUCGUGGAGCGCAACCUGGGCUGUGUCCGUCCUACCAGAGUUCCGACCAAGUAUACCUGAAUGCGCACUGCGUGUUCGUAUCGGAAGAAAACCUAUCACUCUCCUCUAGCGGGUCCGGAUCAAGUCGUCGCUGCCUCAACGCGGCGGCUUCGUCUUCGGGAUCAACCUCAACGGCGUCCGCAUCCUCUGCUUCAAUCUCGUCGUCCCAGUCAAGCGGAAGUGGAAACUCGACUUCCUCUUCAUCUACCACGAGCAGCACUAACGAUGCCGACGCGUUGUACACGGCAACGAUCGACGGAGAGGAGGUGACGGGCCAAUUCGUCUGCCUGGACGUGUCGGACUACGAAAGCAAGGCCGCCGACCCAAGCACCUGCUACCCCAGCGCUGCACCUACCAAGGAACGUGCACGUAUAAGAGCAAGAAGAAGAUCACCAAGCGGGGAUAUGUGCUCAACCGAGGUUUCCAACGCAUGUGACGUCGACUGCGGCACGGGAGGCGACUGCGUCGACGGUGAGUGCGUGUGCAAGGAAGGAUUCGACGGCAAGGAGUACGAUGGCAAGCAAGGCACGGCGAACGAGCGCUGCACUCGAUGCACGAACGACUUAGCUUGCCAGUACAACAACACUUGCAACACUGACACGGGGAAAUGUGUCUGCGCUCCUGGCUACAGCGGCGACACGUGUGGUGCCGUUGAGGACGCGUGUACCACCACAGACUGUGGGGAAGGAGACUGCCAAGUGCUGACGAACGGAUCAGCGGCGUGUUAUUGCCCGUCGUGUAGCCCGUCGUGUACACUCUGCGAUAUGCUGAGUAACUACACCUUUGACUGCUCGACUUGCCCGACCGACGCAAGCAUGACAGUGCAAACCUCCAAGCUGCUGCUGAUUGUUUCGGCGCUUGUAGCUGUCAUGCUCGCCAGCCUUGCUCUGUAG